AUGUUGGAACCUACCGCAGCGGGAAACGCCCUGCACAAGAACAACAACGAUGGGGAAAGUCACGAGUGGGUAAAGCGGAAGGAUUGCUUGAAAAAGCGGUCGACAGCGCCGGUCCUCGAGGUAGCGGCCGCGGCCCCGACGGGAAGUUCGGUCCCGGCGGGGGAUGAGGUCUUGCGGCCGCUAACGUUCCCGACCGAGAAAGAUAAGAACGAAGCAGCACGGCUCCUCGCUCGCGCGUUUUCGUCAGCGGGCGGGGCGAUGCCGCCGGAAAGCGUGUAUUUUGGUGAACAGGCCGAAGGCGAGCCAGAAAGUAACGAUGAUGGUAUUGAACGUGCCAGGAGCUCGGCGGAGACGAAAAAAAAAAUGAGCGGUCAAGGUCAGACUGUCCUGGGGGAUGUGCAUCUCGUGGUGUCAGGGUUUAGCCUCAGGGAGGCGCGCAAGAGCGGAGCUCGUGGCCAUGCUUCCAGUGACGGUCGGGGUCAAGGAACACAGACCCAGGAACGGGGUGGGGAUGGCGCCAAAGAGUGGCAUUUACGAGAGGCGGCGCGCGUGUCAGCUCCGAACACCAAGACCGGGAUCUUGGCAAGGUAUAUUCUUGCAAGACAUACACUUGCCAGCGGUGAUGACAAGAAGGCAGAGGUGCUUUUUCUGGCGGCGAUCGAUGCAGAACCGACCACAUACGGUGCCUGCGCCGCGCUGUUGUCGGUACUACGGCAGGUUUCCGUGGACGCGUUCCGAGCCAAUGUCCGAUCGCGUCGCCUGAAGAGGUGGUUGGGGAAGAGGCGCAAAGGGCGGCGCGUGUCCGGCGGAGGCGCGUCUCAAAAGAAAGAUGUCGCAGCACGUCUUUGGCAGCAAUUCGAGGAUGAAAAGCGGUCGGUCAAGCUAUUGGAGCGUCUCAAAGUGUACGCAUCUCUAAGGAAACGCUACGCCGGGGACCGUCUGCGAGGCCCAGGUCUGGCUAGCUUUGAGUGGGCGCAAGCCCUCGAAGAAGGCUGGGAGACGCGAUACGCGCGGUUGUUGGAAGCCGGGGAUGGUUGGGCUGCAGCCAUGCGCCUUCUUUGA